CAGAGCGGACCGGAGGCGGCGACCGCAGCUCAAGCCCCGCCUGGGCCGAGCCCGGACUCCGCCCCGCGGGUCCCGGCGCCUCCUGCCGGCCCCACGGCGCUCGCAGCCACUCUCCGGGCUCGCGGACCCCGCGCCGCAAACAUGCGUCCCCGCGCGUGGGCACGGGCGCCCGCGCGCUGCCUCCUCGCCUUGGGCGCCCUGCUGGGCCCCGCCGCCCGCGCCUGGGAGCUCACCAUCCUGCACACCAACGACGUGCACAGCCGGCUGGAGCAGACCAGCCUGGACUCCAGCAAGUGCGUCAAUGCCAGCCUGUGUGUGGGUGGCGUGGCGCGCCUCUACACCAAGGUGCGGCAGAUCCGCAACUCCGACCCGCACGUGCUGCUGCUAGACGCCGGCGACCAGUACCAGGGCACCAUCUGGUUCACCGUGUACAAGGGCACCGAGGUGGCUCACUUCAUGAACGCACUCGGCUAUGAUGCCAUGGCACUGGGAAACCAUGAAUUUGAUAAUGGCGUAGAAGGACUGAUUGAUCCACUCCUCAAAAAGGUUAAAUUUCCAAUUCUGAGUGCAAACAUUAAAGCAAAAGAACCAGUAGCAUCUCGAAUAUCAGGACUUUAUUGGCCACAUAAAAUUCUUCCCGUUGGUGAUCAAUUUGUGGGAAUUGUUGGAUAUACUUCAAAAGAAACCCCUUUUCUCUCAAAUCCAGGAAAGAAUUUAGUAUUUGAAGAUGAAGUCAGUGCAUUGCAACUCGAAGUAGAUAAACUGAAAACUCUAAACGUGAACAAAAUUAUUGCCCUGGGACACUCUGGUUUUGAAAUGGAUAAACUCAUCGCUCAGAAAGUGAAGGGCGUGGAUGUGGUGGUCGGAGGACAUUCCAACACCUUUCUUUAUACAGGUACUCCACCUUCCAAGGAAGUGCCUGCUGGGAACUACCCAUUCAUAGUCACCUCCGAUGAUGGGCGGAAGGUGCCUGUGGUCCAGGCCUACGCAUUUGGCAAAUACCUAGGCUAUCUGAAGGUGGAGUUUGAUGAGAAGGGAGAUGUCAUCACGUCACAUGGAAACCCCAUUCUUCUCAACAGCAGCAUUCCCGAAGAUCCAGCAAUAAAAGCAGACAUUAACAAAUGGAGGGUCAAAUUAGAUAAUUAUUCAACCCAGGAAUUGGGAAAAACAAUUGUCUACCUGGAUGGCUCCACUGAAUCCUGCCGCUUUAAAGAAUGUAACAUGGGCAACCUGAUUUGUGAUGCUAUGAUUAACAACAACCUUAGACACCCGGAUGAAGUCUCCUGGAACCACGUAUCCAUGUGCAUUUUAAAUGGCGGUGCCAUUCGGUCCCCCAUUGAUGAGCGGAACAAUGGCACAAUCACUUGGGAGAACCUGGCUGCGGUGUUGCCCUUUGGAGGCACCUUUGACCUGAUACAACUAAAAGGCUCCACCCUGAAGAAGGCCUUUGAACACAGUGUGUACCGCUAUGGCCAGUCCAGCGGAGAGUUCCUGCAGGUGGGCGGAAUCCAUGUGGUGUAUGAUCUCUCCCGAAAUCCUGGAGACAGGGUGGUCAGUUUAGAUGUUCUUUGUACGCAAUGUCGCGUGCCCAGAUACGAGCCUCUCCGGGAGGAUGGCGUCUAUAAAGUGGUUCUCCCAAGCUUUCUUGCCAAUGGUGGAGAUGGAUUCCAGAUGCUAAGAGAUGACGUACUCAAACAUGACUCCGGUGACCAAGAUAUCAGUGUGGUUUCUGAAUACAUCUCAAAAAUGCGAGUAGUUUAUCCAGCAGUUGAAGGUCGGAUCAAAUUUUCUGCAGGAAGUCAUUGCCAUGGAAGCUUUUCUCUAGUAUUUCUUUCAUUUUGGGCAGUAGUCUUUAUUUUGUACCAAUAGUUAAAAGAAACUUCUGCUUGCCAUCAACAUGUGGAACUGAAUUUUUCCUCAAGUGAUAUUUAAGCCCACCUUUCAGGAACUGGCUUUGUGAUGGUACAGACCAUUCUCACAGGCUCCUAGAAGCUGAUCUAAAUGGUUGUAAAUGACAACACUGACAUCUCCUCUCAGGAUCAGCAAAUCAGCGAUUUGCUAGAAAGGAAAUGAAAAUGUGGCCCUCCUAGAGGAAGGUCAACAACCUUUAGUUUACAUGUAAAAUUUUUAAAUAAAUGUUGUUAACUAUUUUAAACCACCCAAAUCAUUUUCCUCCUUUAUAUUCCUUCUAAUUUAUAAGCUACUUAAUGUUUAAGUAGAACCUUAUAAUUUACAGUGGAGUUUUAAGCACAUCUUCCUGUUUGGUGUUCCUUGCUUUGAAUGGCAAGACAGGUGUUACUUUCUCAUUUCAAAACAAGAGAACUCAAGUUCAGAGAGAGUUGGCUGGUUCAAAGCCAGACAGCUAAAAGUGACAAACCCAAGACCUGCAUUAUUAUUCUGACUUUGAGUUCUGCACUCUUUCAACAGUAUUUACUUGCUGCAGAUUGAUACCUUAUGGCCUCCCCUCUUCAUAAUUAUCAGUGGCCCCAAGCUCAUGGGUGGUAACUCUGCUCUGCUUCUGGUCUCCAUCUCUCCUUUAUUUUUUUUUUCCCAUUGAGUUCCUGUUGUGGUGAGUCUGAGAAAAAUCUAGGGUGGCAUUCUUUAGUGCACCACCCCAGUGCCUGGGAGAAAUCAGGAAGCAGAGAAGUAAAGGCCAAAAGUUAGUCAAAGAAUAGGGAAGGGAAAGGAAGAACAGGAAAUCUCAGGCUGACUUUCUGUAAAAGGGAGCGCUAAAGGAUAUUUUGAUGUUAAGUUGGUAUUUGCUAAAGUGUACCCAUGUAGUACCUGAUGCAUGGAAUUUUUUUGUUGUUGUUGUUUGUUUGGGGCCACACCCAGCAGUGCUCAGGGCUUCUCCUAGCUCUACACUCAGGAAUCACUCUUCGUGGAACUCUGGGGACCAUAUGUGGUGCCAGGGAUCAAACCUGGGUCAGCUGCAUAAAGGCAAGCACCUUACUAUUGUUCUGGCCCUGUUAUAUUAACUCUUCAUAGAUUCCAUCAGCUCUGCCUCUUUGUGCUUUCCUUCUUCCUGAUAAGAAGGUAUCAUGAGAAAAGAAUCUUCUUUGUAAUUCCAAACUAGCAUGUGUUCCUUCCUAGCCAGAUCCCAGCAUUGUAUUUAUCCUAUACUCUUCCUACCACAUUCUGGUUAUGGAAAAUCCAGAGGAGGACCCAGUUGAUGUUAAACUAUAUUAUUAUAUAUGAGGCCUGAAGUCAGUUCUACCUCCAGAUAUGAACAGUAACUCAAUCAUUCUCAAAUCCAGAUACACCACUCCCUAGGUGGUGCUGAAAAUAUUCCGGCUGAUGGAAUGACUUAUGCCUAAAGAACAAAUACUUAAGGUGGUAAUGGAAGCUUGGAAGCCUGCUCAGUACCACAUAAAUAAUUCAGCAAGAAAUGAGAGCUUUUACGUACCUUAAAACAAAAAAUGUUGAGCUAACAGAAACUAGAGUUUUGUCUGGUUUGGUUGGGGGCAACACCCAGCAAUGCUCAGGGUUUCUUCCUGGAACUCAGGGGGUCAAGUGGGGUGUCAUGAAUCAAACCAGCUCAGCUGAAUGGGAGGCAAGCACCUUAACCACUGUAUUAUAGAGCUCCAGCCCCAGAAGCUAGAGUUCUGGAGAACAGUAUGUUUACAAAUAUCAAGUAUGUUAACAAAUAUUAAGUGUACUGGCUACAAAAGACAGCUUUAAGUUUCACAGCCAUUUCAAAGUUCACAGUGAAAUAAGGCUCUUGGUUCUCUUCAUCUCCCGAAUAACUAAAUAAAAGGAAUAUCACUAAUAUUUUAAGAGAAAAAUUAGAGAAAGUUGUCUUUCGGGUAUAUUCGUAUAAAACAGGACAAAUCUGAUUUUAGCACAAAGUUAAAAAAAACUUUGUAAAAUAUUCUAAAUAUGUGUCCACGGACUGUGCAAUAGUGUAAAAAGUGACUUCACACCACUUUACAGUUGUAGAUCCUAACAAUAAAAUUGAAGAAAUGCAC